AUGGAAAAGCUCUCCUGGCGUGCUGGUCCAGGUUCCAAGAAGGGUCCCUUCACAGUGGACAGCGGUGGUGGACAUGUCAAAUCUCCCAGUGUCGCCGCCGCCCUCGCCUCUGGAAACCCCUACGAACGUCCAACAUCAGCCUCUUCAUCGACUCGUCACUCCAACCCACCGACUCCUCAACUAUCCCCAAACGCUCAGCGCCAUGUCUUUCCUCACCCGUUCAUCUCUGCUCUCUACGGUGGCGCCGUAGCUGGCGCCAGAAAAAGACAACAAUCUCGCGAAGGCUUGCCGUCCAACGAGUACGUAAACCACGUCACUACUCCCACCUCGUCCGAACAAGCCAUCCUUUCUGCCAAUCAAGGCCUUCCUCGAAAUGGGACCAGUGGUCCUCGUAAUGGACAAGGACCUUCGCAGACACAACUGCCCAAUGUCAACAAUGUCAGUCGACAUCACCGUCCUAUCCCCGCUCCUGCUGCACCGCUUUCGGGCUCUACAACUCCGCUGGAUCCUCCGCCUUCCCCAUGGAAUGCCAUCGAGACAUUCCCUCAUGACUGGUUGCAAAACGGUAAUGCCCCUUGGGCAAGUCCAACGGCGUCUCAGCAAUCACACAUUCAGGCCGACGCCUCAGAUUGGGCUACCCUCAUCGAUACCAACAUGUUCGCUGGAUUGGAAGAGGUGGUCCAACAGGGCCAGGCAAAAGCGACAGGUGGGCAACAAAGACCAUGUAAUUUGAUGGGAGCCCUCGACGCUCCCGGUCAACACAACACUACCUCCGCCGUUCCUCCCCCGGCUCAGAGCCACUCAAGUCAACCAUCCAGUCUCCUGACAAGACGUUUGCAGCAGCAUCAAUACGAUCACUCGGCCCCGGUUUCGCCCCGCGUUGAGCAGCAUUCCUUCGACGGUGCGUCUUCGGUGACGCCUACUACGACGUCACUUUUGUCGUCUAUGGGCCUCGGGGUUCUACCCACCCCACCUCAGAGCUUUAGCUCUCAUGGAGGACCUUCACGUCCACCCAUGAACGGUACUCACAGUCCAUGGCCUCUACCCGAGCGAGCAAUGGGAUAUGUCGAAACUCCCGCGACCACUCCUGGUGGAAGUGAAGUGGCCUUUGGAAGCCCAGCUGACGCCAACGGCCUCUCACGACAAACCAGCAACUUGUCUCGCCGCAACGAUAGCGGCGUGCCCCCUUAUCUUGGCCCUUCCCGCAUGUCCAUGCCUCCGCCGCAUGCGACUUCCCACGCUCCACAAACUUUACAUUCCCCCAACGCUUUUAGUCAUGCAGUCUACACGCAUACCACUCGAAUGCCGCCAUUGCCGGAUGAUUCACUUCCACCUCUGCCACCUGGAUUAUCUAUUGAACAUCUGGCACAAUACGGUGCUGCUGGUCUGGAGAUGGCUAUCCGACUGGGAAUGGGCAUCGGCAUGCAAGUCGGACGUCAAGCGCAACAACAAUCAUCUUCCAGCUCCGCCUCUGUCGUCCCAGCUCAUGCCAUCACUCCUUCCUCUCACGCGGACUCGCCAUCCACCUCCGCAUCGAAGACCAACCAGAAUGUUGUCAGUGACAUCUUGAACGACGAUUUCCUGUCCCGUAUGACUUCACCUUCGCUCUCCAGUCCCGUGUCGAACCAGGCUCCUGUAUUCACAACAUCACGACGACCAUCCAUGGGAGACGAGAGCAAACAGAACGUGGAGGGCCCGCCUGAGGAGAUGGCCAAGAAAGAUCCAUUGGCAACUCAGAUAUGGAAAGUGUAUGCUCGAGGUCGUGACAAUCUUCCGAAUGGCAUGCGGAUGGAGAAUCUGACUUGGCGGAUGAUGCACUUGACACUCAAGAAACAAGAGGAAGACGCGGCUUUGAAGUUGAACGAGCAAGCAAAACCUCACGAGUCGCCUAAAGCCGGACAGCCACUACCAUUGACAUCACCGACGGAAAAUGAGCGAGGACGGACGAAGGGUAAAUCGCGAGUCGUGGGCUUUCAAGCACCUGGAGGUCCGUCUGCAGUGGAUGCGGACAUGGAUUGGCGUGCCGCAAGCCGCUCACGAUCACGGAUGAACGUCGAUUGGCGAGACCGAUCCCGCUCUCGGUCGGCAUUCGGCAGCGUGCGCAUGAUGGACGUCUCAGAAUCGCACGCUCAUAGCCUGUUGGCUCACGAGCAAGGACCCCCGGACGAGAACAUGUUUGCUAACGCUGGUCAGACGAUGCCCGAGUUCUCCGAUCAGUGGAUCCAGCAAGCGCCCCAACAUGCUCAGUCUCACCCGGUAAUGGCCAUGCACGGAGGCGACGAGAUAGCUGCUCGUGACGGUUCAGCGCCCAAGGACAUCAAGCAAACCUCUCCGAAUGAACCGCAGGCGACUUUAGACCACGCUUUGCGAGCUGCAGCCGCGUACGAGCUUUUCGCCGCAUCCGCUCCGACUGGCGGCCCCAUCGCUCAUCUUCAGAACUCUCUGGCCAGCGGGCAAGUGGCUGUCGGUAAAGGACAUGCGCCGCAUCUGCCGGGAAUAUCAGGCCCCGGGCUGUUUGCAGAGAUCAAGGAAAACUGGCAUCCCGCUUAUGGUUACCUUCCAAGACUGGUUCGCAAGACGAGUUUCGACCAUACCAUCAGUCCCAACGGUAAUGGCAAUGUCAAACCUGGUGGUCACAUGCCACCUCCUGCCAAUCCAAGAAAGCGAGCGGCCGAUGCUUCACCGAGAGAUAGGGCUGCGCAAGCUUUACUCGAGAACGAUUCUGGAUUCCCGUCUGGCAUGUUCACGUUCAAUUUCGACAACAACGCUAUCAACAACAACAACUAUGACAACUUUUUCGAUCUCAACGCCGCGUCAGCAGCUACCCCUGCCAACAACGGAAAUGAAGGUCCUGAGGAACAUGUGCAAACACAACCCCAAGAUCAGAACCUCAAUCAAGGACAAAAUACAGGUCAAGGACAUGGACAAAAUCUCGAUUGGACGGGAGCGAACGGAGGACCUCAGAGUGCUCCAGGGACGGAACCCGCCAGUACUUACGGAUCCCCCUCAAGCUUCAUCGAUCCUGCAUUUAUGAACAUUCCUCAACCAAACAGUGAUAAUCCAUUCGAUUUCCAACAACUUAUGCAUCUUUACCUCAACGCCAACGCCACCGCCUCUCCAUACACGCAUAUCAAUCCAUCUCAAGUUCUCGGAGCUAUGCAAGAUCUCGUUGUCAAUCCUUCUGGUAUUUCUCCUCAAUCUGGUGCACCUACACCUGGCUUUGUAGCUGCUCCACAUGUCGUGAGACCAUUACCGAAAACUGUCGGGGGUAAACCUGUCAAUAUGACCGAUCGUAUGCCACCACCACCGGCGAGAUCGAAUUCAUCACCUAAUCUUCAAACUCUGAAGAUGCCGUCGAUGCAUAGAACAGCACACGUGAGGAAUCAAUCGACCAACGUCCCCCCUGGCAGGUCGAAAGCUCCGACACCGUUGGGCACUUCUGGACCAGGGACACCGGGUAGUGAUGGUGAUGAUUUGUACACGUUUGCAACGGGUUCGGGUAGCGGAGAAACACCAACGGUCUGUACGAAUUGUCAGACGACUAAUACUCCUCUUUGGCGAAGAGACCCGGAGGGACAACCAUUGUGCAAUGCGUGUGGAUUGUUCUAUAAACUUCAUGGCGUAGUCAGACCUCUAUCACUAAAGACGGAUGUUAUCAAGAAACGAAACCGUGCUCAACCUCCUCCCAAAGAUGUCCCAUCCCGGAAAAAUUCCGCCAAUUCUAAUCCCAAAACACCCGGCUCCAACAAAUCUAAACCCCCUUCUCCGACUUCUCCAAGCGGAAUGUCCAUGUUACCUUCUUCCUCCGUCUCCACUGCCUCGGGAUUGAAGAAAGCCAGAAGAGCCAGCGAAAUCCCAGGUUCCAUAGGUAAUGGGAAUAAUAUGAUCAAUGGGAAUGGGAGUGUCAACAUGAAUGGUUUGUAUGGUGUUGGUAGUUUGAACGCUACGACGGGAAGUUUAUCAAGUCCUACCAGUCAAGCGAUUCUAAGUAUAACUAUGACGUAAGGUGGGUCAUACUCGGCUUGGUCAUUGUGGCUCAAGUGAGUUGGAAUGAGUGUUGGAUGUGGGAGAUCGAAUUGAGGAUGGGGAGUUGGAAUUGUGCGAGAGGCCAGUGAAUGGGUGAUGGAUGAUGGAUGAUGGGAUUAGAGUUGGAGUUGGAGUCAAGUAUAAUGUUUAUUCAUUUAGUCAUGUUUCCAUCUUGAAUCAUCUUGAAGUAGAUUUUUCCAUUGUGCUUUUUUUUCUCUACAUAUUUCUCAGCUUUCGUGUUUAGUGCUUCAUAGAGUUGUGUUUGGGUUAGAAGAGAUGUAUCACUUCGUUCUUG